UAGGGAAAUUUUUUUCCCUUUUUGGCAUAUCAGAACAUUACAAAACCCAUUAUUCUUGGUCACCCGGUAUGAGAAAGACGUGAUAAGACGAACACGUUUCUGAUUGGCUGCACAAACACAAAUUUGCUCCGGAGACGCAAAGGAGACGCUCGUUAUUGAGUGAUAAGUUUUUUUGCGCUAAAUAUUUUGAAAAUUUUUCGAACGUGGUAGAAAUAUGGAAUAAAAUUGCAGUUUAUUAAUAUUUUCCAAUUUGUUAGGACAAUUGGAUACUUUUAUAACCAUAAUUCUUCUCUUCGAAGCUUGUUUUGUGUCUGUGUUCCAUUUAUAAUACAUCAUUUUAUUCUUUAUUCGUUGAGUGAAUCAUCUCCUAAAUUUUUUGAGGCACAAGCGAUGAGUCCUAAUAUAAGAAUGGAAACCCGACGAAAAAGGAAAAUAAAUGAUGAUCCUGUUCAACUCCAAUCCAAUUUGCCGGAAGCGUUGAAAACUAGGGAGAAAGAAUUCGAUAUAAUCAAGGGAUUUUUACAGGAAAACAUGAGCUCUAAAAGUAACGGGUACUUAUUCAUCAGUGGUGAACCUGGAUCCGGUAAGACUGCAACAGUUCACAGAGUGAUCGAAAGACUAAACGAAGAGAACGAUCAAUCAUCUAACAACUUUCAAUUCAUAGAAAUAAACGGUUUAUAUUUAUCAGAGCCAUCGAAAGCUUAUAGUCGGAUUUUGGAGCAAAUGACAGAAGAAAUUGCUACUCCUAAACAAGCUCUCAGUUCCCUUAACUCAAUUUUCACCUCUCGCUCAACUAAAAACCAUCCGGUGAUACUAUUUAUUGACGAAUUGGAUUGUAUUUACAACAAAUCUGCCAAUGUGAUUAUUAAUAUCUUGCAAUGGUAUCUAAUAAAAAAAUCUCAGCUAAUACUUAUGACCAUUGCAAAUGAUGAUGUUCUGAUAUCCAGUUUAAAGAAUAAAUUCACCAAAGAAAUAAAAAUCUCCGAAUUAAUAUUUCCACCGUACUCGUGCUCAGAUCUCGAAACAAUAGUCGAAGAUCGUUUGCAAGAUAAGGAAUUUGAUCUGGAAGUGAUAAAAUUCGUUAUGAAGAAAUGUGUCAAGAAAGAAGGAGAUGCUCGUAUCGCUCUUGAUAUCUGUGGGAGAAUUUUAGACAAACUUGAAAAUAAUGAAAAUCAAAUUACGUUAGAAGUCGUACAAAAGAUCUGCGAAGAAAUUUCUUCCGAUCAUGUCACAGUGACUAUAAAAACCCUAGCUCCGGUCCAAAAAGUACUCCUAAGAGUUGUUCGUGACGAAUGUACUGUUGAAGAAAGCUCCUUGGAUGAGAAGAUUUAUUUCCUUUGCAAAGGUGUCUGCACUAUCGAAGGUUUACGAUGCCCUUCAAUCACUCAACUUUGUAGCACAGCAGAAGUGCUUAGUCGAAUGGGUUUUUUGAAAGUAAGCGAUGCUAGAGUGAACAUACAUUCUAAGAUCAGGUUAAAUAUACCUGGAGAAUACGUUAAUACAGCCUUCCAUAUGACUGAGUAAAUUUAUUUGAUGAAACUGAUCGUGAUUCGUAUGUAUUCUGGUUUUAGAAAUGUUUUAAUCAAUUUUUAAAUUUUAAAUCAAUAUUAAAAUUUCAACAAUGCAA